GUGGGCGGAGGCUUCUGGGGAGGAAGGAGCCGCCGCCAUUUUGGGAGCUUCGAGUCAACAAUAAAGGACCGAGGGUGCCGAGCGGGAGUGGCCUCGGUGGUAGGACCCGGGCCGGAGUCGCGGGGCGAGCGAUUGAAGUGAGUGAAUUCAGAUAUAUAACAACCUUGUUAGCGGGCUUUUUAAAAAAUAAAAAGUUGAUUCGGUGCAUGAGAGCAAGUUACUGCUGCUUACCGUUCAGAGACUUACAGGUGCUCGCCUGCAUUGCAAUAAAGGACUCAUAUAUUGAGCAAGACUUAUAUUUAUCUCUUCGUUUUGGAGAGCCUAAUAAACUGUUAUUACAGUUUCUCUACUGACUUUCAAAAGUUUUUGAAGUUUGAAAGAGACAUCUUUACAGUUAAUACAGCAUGAGCACGGCCAGAACAGAGAACCCUGUUAUAAUGGGUCUGUCCAGUCAAAAUGGUCAGCUGAGGGGCCCUGUGAAGCCCAGUGGCGGCCCUGGAGGAGGGGGCACACAGACACAGCAACAGAUGAACCAGCUGAAAAACACCAACACAAUCAAUAAUGGCACUCAGCAGCAAGCACAGAGUAUGACCACCACUAUUAAACCUGGUGAUGACUGGAAAAAGACUUUAAAACUCCCUCCAAAGGAUCUAAGAAUCAAAACUUCGGAUGUGACCUCCACAAAAGGAAAUGAGUUUGAAGAUUACUGUUUGAAACGGGAGUUACUGAUGGGAAUUUUUGAAAUGGGCUGGGAAAAGCCAUCUCCUAUUCAGGAGGAAAGCAUUCCCAUUGCUUUGUCUGGUAGGGAUAUUUUAGCUAGAGCAAAAAAUGGAACAGGCAAGAGCGGUGCCUACCUCAUUCCCUUACUUGAACGGCUAGACCUGAAGAAGGACAAUAUACAAGCAAUGGUGAUUGUUCCCACUAGAGAACUUGCUCUACAGGUCAGUCAAAUUUGUAUCCAGGUCAGCAAACACAUGGGAGGGGCCAAAGUGAUGGCAACCACAGGAGGAACCAAUUUACGGGAUGAUAUUAUGAGGCUUGAUGACACAGUGCACGUGGUAAUAGCUACCCCUGGGAGAAUCCUGGAUCUUAUCAAGAAAGGAGUAGCAAAAGUUGAUCAUGUCCAGAUGAUAGUAUUGGAUGAGGCAGAUAAGUUGCUGUCACAGGAUUUUGUGCAGAUAAUGGAGGAUAUUAUUCUCACGCUACCUAAAAACAGACAGAUUUUAUUAUAUUCUGCUACUUUCCCUCUUAGUGUACAGAAGUUCAUGAAUUCCCACUUGCAGAAACCCUAUGAGAUUAACCUGAUGGAGGAACUAACUUUGAAGGGAGUAACCCAGUACUACGCAUAUGUAACUGAGCGCCAAAAAGUACACUGCCUCAACACACUUUUCUCCAGGCUUCAGAUAAACCAGUCGAUCAUUUUCUGUAACUCCUCUCAGCGAGUUGAAUUGCUAGCCAAGAAGAUUUCUCAACUGGGUUAUUCUUGCUUCUAUAUCCAUGCUAAAAUGAGGCAGGAACAUCGAAAUCGUGUAUUUCAUGAUUUUCGAAAUGGCUUAUGCCGCAAUCUUGUUUGCACUGAUUUGUUUACCCGAGGUAUUGAUAUACAAGCUGUGAAUGUGGUAAUAAACUUUGACUUCCCAAAGCUGGCAGAGACCUAUCUCCAUCGUAUUGGAAGAUCAGGUCGCUUUGGUCAUCUUGGCUUAGCCAUCAACUUGAUCACAUAUGAUGAUCGCUUCAACCUGAAAAGUAUUGAGGAGCAGCUGGGAACAGAAAUUAAGCCUAUUCCAAGCAACAUUGACAAGAGCCUGUAUGUGGCAGAAUACCACAGCGAGCCUGUAGAAGAUGAGAAACCUUAACAAGCAUGUGCGUACUUGACAGAAUGCCAAGCUUUGACAAACUGCAGAAGGCUCCUUUGGAUCUGUGACACAUCGUUUUGGGGGGAUGCUCUUCUCUUUGUGGGUUUUUCAUCUUCUUUUAUUUUGGAACUAUGAAGACUUAAAAGCUCAGACAUUUUUUCUUUUUUUAACUGGUGAAGAGAAAAAAGCUGAAAAGAAGGAAUUUACCUUUUUUGUUCCACUUGUUUGCACUGUGUGCUGACUGAACAUUAGUUGCACUAACUGCUGGUUUUUAAAAAAUGUUUUCUGGGGAAGUGGGGACAAGGAAGGAGGAAAAAGAUGAGAAGGGAGAAACCCUAAAAAGAGAAGAAUCUUGAUGAACACACAAGCUUGUCUGCGAUUUCAGAAUUCCCCAACAGCUGACUCCUGAGUGCAUUUCAACUUCUCCCUGGUUACUCAUCGUUUCUUAAGCCUGAAGAGCUUAUUACUUAUUUGUGCGAAGUGCCUUAUGCUAUGAGACCAUUCAGAAUAUCAUCUUUUAGACAACAGCCCAAGGAAUCAACAAUAUUAAUUCUCUCUUUCCUUUUUCUUUUCUUUCUUUUUAAAAUUUUUGUCUUCAUUUUGGUUUCAAGUUGGAGUCUCUCUCUUCCCUUUCUACCCAGUACUCAAGCCCAGGGCUGGAAGAUGAAACGUAUUAGUAAUGUUAAACACCAUUUUCUUUUUCUUUAUGUGGAGGAGUUGAUAAUGCAACUGCAGUUCAUCCGCACUGUAAAUACAUGUAUUUAAAAGAAAAAAACAAUCCCAAGUAAAAAUUUCUUCUGGGCUGAGUAGAUUACAUCAUCGCUCCCAAAGGAAAGAGCAGUCUAUCGUUGCAGGAGCCAUAUGACAAGCCUUUGUGCUCUGUGGCAGAACACUAAAGACUGGUUUACAUACGCCUCCAUUAGCAGUUAUGGCACUUGAUGGGUAGACAUGUCAGAGCCUUGACCCUCUUUCCUCUGUGGCAAAGCGUGACCCAUAGAAAAUUGGGUGUGUAUACUUGUAUAAACUUUGUAAAUAAGUUUUUUUUCUGGGUUCAUAUAUAUAUAUAUAUACAUAUAUAUAUAUAUAUAUAUACACAUAUAUUUUUUUUUUGGAUGAAGGUUGCUGGGAUUAAGGGGAUUAGAGCGAUUAUGGGAGCAGCUAAAGAUGAGAGGGGCUCAGUUUUCUGCAACACUAAAUUCUAAAAAGUACUUUGCCCUCUACUGUAGAGAUCAGACCUCUAUGGGGACCCUGUUUUGGAAAAGGGACCCAGAAGUCUGGGAUUCACUGCUGCCACACUGUCUCAGCUAAUACCUUUGGCGCGGAGGCCUGCCAGAGAGAGAGAGAGCAAGGAAGCUUCAAAAACCUGUAAUUCAAGAUGCUGUUUUUGAGAAGCUCUCUCUGAUUUUGCUUCUCCCUUUUUAAAAGUUUGAGCAACUUUUCAAGCUCAGCAAAAGGGGCCUAAGGUUAAUCUGCCUUGCAGUGUGGGAAUUCGAUUGAGUGGCAGUGUCUGAGCAGUGUAUGUACAAAGCAUGGACUUGCAUCUCAGAAUAUCAGAACCAGUUCUGGGGCUUCCUGUCAGUGGGUAAUGUCCCGUGCUGUGAGUGCGUUGCCUCUGCCCACCUUGAUACAUAAACUUGCAGGAAUGGGCAGCCCCUGAGAACUGUGAACUUCAUGCUAGGAAAGCUGCUUGCCAUCCUUGCUUUGUGACAAGAAUAUCUGUCGUUUUGCAUUGUAAAUUGCUGGCAAAUGCUUUACAGCCAAUAGUGUUGCCUUAAAUUGUGCCCCUCCCAACAUGCUUGAUGUUUGGCCUGAUCUCCAGGCAAAAGGAGUGAGAUGAAUCAAAACCAGUGAACUUUUUUUUUAAUGUUUUAAAUUCCCUUUUAACCCAGUGUGUAGGUCAGUCAGGAGGCAUCAAGGGUUUUUCUUAAAAAGGCAAAAAAUAAAAUUUAAAAAAAUUGGGUUUCCAUAUUCCAUUGUUUUUCAAGACCCUGAAAUAUUACAAGUCCUGCAUAUGCUUUCAUGCUAACUCAUCUGGAUAAAGAAAUCAGUUAUUCAGAGUCGCUUUUUUGACUGCCUAGUUCUAAGCAAAAGUAUUGUGACUCACCCGAAAUUCCUUGAGGAUCAAAAUCCUGCUGAUGCCUCCUGAUCAGACAUAGCCCCAACUCCUAAAAAAAAGAACUGUAGCAAGGGCUGCACAGUACAAACCCAAAAGGAAUUAAGCUCUAUUUAUUUGGUAUCCAAGCUACAUAUGUUCUAUCCAGCCAGUGUUGCUUACUAAAUACAAUCCCCUAUUAAAGAGGUAACUUUUUCCCAGGGAGGGUGGGGGGAGGGGUUUCAGAAGGCUUAAACUUUUGACCAAAAAAUCUUGACCUUGUACUGAUGCAGCUCUUUCUCCCCCACCUCUGGCGAGAUAAGAGGGAUCAUUCAUUAUAAAAGAAAAGCAAGAAAGACUCGCUAGAGUGUGAGGGUGACUAAACAAACAGCACAGUCUUCUUUGCCAUCCUCAGACUGUGCUCUGCCUGGUGCCACAUUGCCUGUGGGUCCCUCUUAAAGCACAGACUUUAAAUUGAAAGUAUUAACAGAAGUAUAGCCUCUGAUGAGGAGUGGCACUUAAACUAUCUGGACACCACUGUUGGACACAGUCUUGUAUAGGCAGCUGUCCAGUUUUGGUGCUUGACUCUUGAACAGGAAUUGUUAAAUGGAAAGAUGCUCUAAGGACUAGGUCAAAGCCUAGUCUUUUUUUUUUUUUUUUUUUUUAAAUCCCCCUCACAAUAAGGAGCAUUUUUAUUAUUGGAAAUUGUUUUCAUGUGCUUUCCAGUAUUGGGUGUUUAUUUUAAGUAAUGGUAGUAUCUUUUAAGUGGUUCAUUUGGAUGAAAACAGUUCUCUAUUUGUAAUAUUUAAAUUACUUCCAGCUUAUGGUUUAGCCUGUGGUUGUAUAGUUGUGUAAUGGCUUAUAGACUAUUUCACAACUUGCUGCCUCUGGGCCCAUGUUUUGUCUUUCUCUUCCCAUGUAUUCCAGUGGAGAAACUUUCUUGACUUUAUCUUAGGAAUGGAAUUAAGUCUAGAAUGAUCUUCCAUGGGAAGAAGUAAGAGAGAAGGAAACCUAAAUAUGUCUCCAAGUUUUUUUCAGGUUGGUCCCAGCAUCAUAUGAGUUGGCCCCAAAGGCUAGGGGGGGCGGGUGGGAGGUAUUGGUUAUCAGUAUUUGUUUUCAGAAUGAGAUGAGAGCAUCUUUCCCGUGUGCUUUGUGUUUGAUACCAUCAUGCUUGGGUUAGAACCAGACAAGUCAGCACAAAGCCUUGAGUGUAACUUACUAAAAUCAAAACAUCUCAUUCUGAUUAUUUGGUUUAAUUUUUUUUUCUUUCUCUUUUUCUUUUCUUUUUUUUUAAUAGGGGUGGGAGGGAGGUCACUGUGCCCCAAAAGGGAGGGUGUCUGCACUAAGGAUUUAGAAACACUUUGGAAGCUCAUAACCUCAAUGGAAACUGCCUUUAGCUACUCUCCUGACCUUAUAGAUGAGUAACAAAAAGAUGAAGUAAGUUCUUGGGAAUUAAGCCAUGUUAUUUUAAUUUGCUACUUUUUCCAGCAUUCUUUGUAUCUUAAAAAUUGCAAUUGUGGAAUCAUUUUCUGGCAAAAAUACCUUUGUCAAGCAGAAUUAUUGGCCUCAUGGGAGCUGAAUUCAGUCAAUUUUUGGUGAACUUAAGUGGACUUUGAUGAGCUUGUAGUUCUACUUUAUAUUCUUUAAGAUAGUUUUUAAAAAAAAAACUCCCAGAGAAAAUCCACUUUCCUUUCUAACUGAAAACUCAUCUUUGGGGUAGAGAGUUAAGUGUCCAAAGGUUUUAACAGUUCGUGAGGUCAGAGGGAGCUAGCCUGGCACCUGGAUUCUGCCCCUCCACAACUGACAGAUUCUAGCAGAAGUGUGUUUAAAUCUCCAGUAGACAAAACUGGGCAGGGCAAGGGAGGGGGUAGGGUUGGGUUACUGAGAUACAGGCUGCUGUAUUUUAACCAGUGGUUUUGGGGGAGGGUACCUGGAGAAAACAAGUCACUGUUCCCUUUUUUGAAACAAAACUAAAACUUGAAAAUAUUUUUUGUUUGGUAAAAAUGGGAUAGAAUUCCAAUGUCCCUAGCCACAAGGGACCAGUUCCACUGAGAAGUGAACAGUGGGGACUCAAAAUUUUGAAAACAUUUGGGGAAGGGGAAAAUUGGCAUUCUGUUAAUUGGCAAAUAUUCCAGUAGGGCUUGUUUUUGUUGGGAUUUGUUGUGUUGUAUGUACCCAUAGGGACGCAACAGUCUGCUGAGUUUAUAAGGUUCAGAAAAGAUUGAUACAAUCUUGAUUUUUGUUUAUCUCAAUAAAAGCCCACUGGAACUCCA